GCAUCAGGCGAUCGCAUUGCAUCUGCAAACAUCUUCGUCAUCAGUUGAUACGAGCGCUCUGCUGCUCCAUCGCCGGCCAUGGUGGCUUCUCUGUCGGUGCUGCUGCUCUUGUGCCUCGCCGCGGCGGCGGCGGCGCAGCAGCUGUCGCCGACGUUCUACGACACGUCGUGCCCCAGGGCGCUGGCCACCAUCAAGAGCGCCGUGACGGCCGCCGUGAACAACGAGGCUCGCAUGGGGGCGUCGCUGCUCAGGCUGCACUUCCAUGACUGCUUCGUCCAAGGUUGCGAUGCGUCCGUGCUGCUGGCGGACACGGCGACGUUCACCGGCGAGCAGAACGCCCUUCCGAACAAGAAUUCUCUCAGAGGCUUCAACGUCAUCGACAGCAUCAAGACGCAGCUCGAGGGCAUGUGCAAGCAGACCGUCUCCUGCGCCGACAUCCUCGCCGUCGCCGCCCGUGACUCCGUCGUCGCGCUGGGAGGGCCGUCAUGGACGGUUGGUCUCGGGAGGAGGGACUCCACGACGGCGAGCAUGAACAGCGCCAACAACGACCUGCCUCCUCCUUUCUUCGACCUCGAGAACCUCGUCAAGGCGUUCGGCGACAAGGGUUUCAGCGUCACCGACAUGGUCGCUCUCUCAGGUGCGCACACGAUCGGCCAGGCGCAGUGCACGAACUUCAGGGGCAGGAUCUACAACGAGACCAACAUCGACGCCGGCUACGCGGCGUCGCUCAGGGCCAACUGCCCGGCGACGGCCGGCACCGGCGACGGCAACCUGGCGGCGCUGGACACGACGACGCCCUACACGUUCGACAACGCCUACUUCAGCAACCUGCUGUCCAAGAAGGGGCUCCUGCACUCCGACCAGGUGCUCUUCAACGGCAACAGCACCGACAACACGGUCAGGAACUUCGCCUCCGACAAGGCCGCGUUCAGCAGCGCCUUCGCGUCGGCCAUGGUGAAGAUGGCGAACCUUGGACCACUCACCGGGAGCCAGGGACAGAUCAGGCUUAGCUGCUCCAAAGUGAACUAAUUUAAAGAAUCACACCGUAUACAAACCAAACACAUUUGGCAAUAAGGCUAAGCCAUAUCGUAAUACGGUCAACGGAGUAGUGUUCACUAGUUCGAAGUGUUUACCUAGCACCUUUUCUCUGAUCAUCACAAAGUGUUUGAAACAGAGGAAGUGGAUGUAAUGUAUCGUUUUAAAGUGCUAAGAAGUUAUUAAGGGACGCAUGAAUGGUAAUC